UGGACAACUAUUUGACAAAAUAUUUUUAAUUUAAAGAAAUACAAAAUCAUUGUGACCAAAAAUGCACUUUUUAUGAUGUUUCUUGAUUAAAUGUCUCUUAACUGUAAGAACUUGUUGUGAUCGAUUCUAAUGUUCAAAGUCCAUUUUGAUAUGUUACAUUAAUCAUUCAAUCGGUAAUGUACUUAAGCUACUCACGUUGCCAAGGCAUGUAGGCAAUGCAUGCAGAGCAGUAGUCUACAGCAUUAUAAUGGGUGAUGAUACAAUGUUUGACAUUUCAGAUCAUACACUAUACUUUAUUACCAUACUUUCUAUCAAUGCAUGUCCAGCAUUGUAACUGGUUAACUGAAGAUUGCGUUAACUAUGUAACCGACUGCCAUGGCUAGAAGGGAUACAGCUUUUGUCAAAUUCAAGUCUUUUUGGCAUUUCAGCAAAUCCUUUUACAAACCUUAUCCAAAUUCUCCUAACCUGCUAUGAAAAGUCAAUUCUCACAUUCAUUUCACAAAAGCUGUUUCUCUUCUAGCCCUGUAACCUUUUGGGUCUCAAGGUUAGGCACAAAGUUAAGUGUGGUUAAGGUUGUGUGAUAGGCAGAUAAAUGGGUGGAGUUUAGCCAUAAUUCUGACUUUGUGGAUGUGUUAACUAGUGACGACCCUGGAUCAGCCAAGAGAAACAUCGAGAGGUGAAGCCUGCAUAGCAACUGUGAAGUACGAUUUUCAAUUGGCGCAUCAAUCGAAGUGGGUGCGGCUUUACUACAUUUCAGUAAGAAUAUAUAUUUUACUUUCGUCAGACACCGGCUGCAAAGUCUGUUUUGUUCUGUUUGGCGAAGUUUUAUAAGAAAUCAUGAAAACUGUUUUGUCCGUGAUCGCUUUCUGCGUCUUCCUGGGGUUCAUAAACGCAACAGAAUCUCCCCCCAAGGUGCAGGUGUACAGCCGUAACCCAGGGGAACAUGGGAAGGACAACACCCUGAUCUGUCACGUGAGUGGCUUCCACCCCCCUGACAUCAGCAUCCAGCUCCUGAAGAACGGCGUGGAGAUCCCCGACGCCAAGCAGACAGACCUGGCCUUCGAACAGGGAUGGCAGUUCCACCUCACCAAGAGUGUUGGCUUCACACCAGCCAGCGGAGAGGAGUUCACCUGCAGAGUCCGCCACCUGAAGAAUCUGAAGACCUACACCUGGGAGGCAAAUAUGUAAGGAUCUGGAGCAGGACUUUUAAUGGGGGCCAUCUGUGUCCAGCCCUACACUAGAGCUGAGAUGACUGUAAUUUCCCCUCUCAACAUGGGCUUUCAUUUUCAUUUUUGAUUACACUUUGUGCCAAGGUGCCAGUUUCAAGGGUUUCGAGUUUUAGAGAAUCAUUACUCAACACUUAAAUGAUUAGAGUUGUGUGGGUGACCUCUUCUAGAAAAGCUGCCAGUACUUCUGGCUGAGAAUUCACUGUGUGGGUGACCUCUUCUAGAAAAGCUGCCGGUAUUUCUGGCUGAGAAUUCACUGUGUGGGUGACCUCUUCUAGAAAAGCUGCCGGUAUUUCUGGCUGAGAAUUCACUGUGUGGGUGACCUCUUCUAGAAAAGCUGCCAGUACUUCUGGCUGAGAAUUCACUGUGUGGGUGACCUCUUCUAGAAAAGCUGCCAGUACUUCUGGCUGAGAAUUCACUGUGUGGGUGACCUCUUCUAGAAAAGCUGCCAGUACUUCUGGCUGAGAAUUCACUGUGUGGUUGACCUCUUCUAGAAAAGCUGCCGGUAUUUCUGGCUGAGAAUUCACUGUGUGGUUGACCUCUUCUAGAAAAGCUGCCAGUAUUUCUGGCUGAGAAUUCACUGUGUGGGUGACCUCUUCUAGAAAAGCUGCCGGUACUUCUGGCUGAGAAUCACAUUCUCUCCUUUAAAAACAAUAAUUAAUGAUUGAUCAAGUAUUUUCAUAAUAUUUUUUAGAUGUGUGGGGACUCCUUGUAGUCCUUUAAUAUCCUUGAAGUUGGUACCAUUAAAUGUGAGCACAAUUAUAAUUUUUUUAAACAUAAUUUUAAACACCUAUGUUAAUGGGGUUUUAGUUACAAGCACAAAUUGUCAACCGUGUCAAAUCUGAUAUUUGAUUAAAAAUAUAUUUUAAAGCCCAAAUAAUUUGCAGAACGUCCAUUGUUGUAUUUGCGUGACUUGUACAUAGAAAUGUCAAUUUUUUGCUUUGGAUUCAUUUUUUUUUUCAUCAACACCAUGAAAUCAAAUCUUAUGUCUAUCCUUCAAUGUUUCUGUAAAUUACCAGUUAUCAACAGUAUAAUAAAAGUUUUAUUUGAUUUGUUUUAA